AUGUCAAUGUGCUUACUAAAUACUAUAUUUGAGUAUGUAAUAAUGUCUAAUAAAAUGUUUACCAAAACUAAUAAGGUGCAAUUUCAGGACCAACAGUUAGAUGAUUAUGUUCUUGAGAAUUCAGUUCUUAAGAGUAAAUUACAAAGUAAAAUUGAUGCCUUAUCAAUUAUGGGCAAAGAAUUGGACAAAUGUAGUAUGGAAAGGGAUAGAUAUAAGAUAUUAGUAGAACAAUUAAAAUGCAAAAAGAAUUUACAAGAUAAAACCAAUAACUGGGAUGGGUUUACACCGACUAAUACUAUAAGUGGUAGUGAAAUAUUGGCAAGAAUAAAAGAGCAUAAUAAUAUGCUAAAAUUAGAGGUGGAAACAUUAAAAAGUAAACUGGAGGAAGCGAAUGAUGACAUAGAUGCAUUAAGAAAACAAAUGCAAAAGGAACAAAGCUUUGAAGAAUAUAAUGGAAAUAAAAAAUUGUCUCAAACUUCUAAAGUAGAUUAUGAACAAAUGCUACAUGAACUUGAAAAAAUUCAAAAAAAGUACCAACAAAUUCAACUGGACUAUAGAGCUACUUUAGAUGAGAAAGAAGAAUUGGUAUCAGACCGGGACUAUUACAAGAGUAAAGUUCAACGUUUGAAUCAUCAAAUUAGUUACAUCCUGUCCAACAGAGUGAAAUCACAAAUGGAAGAAAUUGAUCCUCCAAAACCCUAUGUUGAUAUAGAUGCAUUGUUGACUGAAAAUAAAUACUUACAUGAAAGAAUAACUCAAUUGCUAGUUGAAAAGGAAAUUAUAAAGAGAACUUUAACUAAGUAUAAGACCUUGCUGGAUAAUAGAAGUAAAAAUGAUCCAUUAAAUAUUAAGAAAGGAUUUUUAGAUGUGAUGACUCAAAAACAAGUUCGAGAGUUCUUAGAUAUAAACUCUAAAACUGGAUUUAAGAGAAGUUCAGCAGCAGAAUUGAAAUCAUUAUGUCUUGGUUUGUUUGAAGCAUUAAAUGACAAAUCAAUUGCUCUUCAACAUCAAAGGAAAACAAAUCAGAUAUUAGCCAAUCGGAUAACAGAAUUGGAAAAAACGUUAGAGAGUUGGUGCAGUGGUCAAAAAUGUAUACCUACAUUUCCAUCACAAAUGUUAAUUGAGGAGCUUUUGAAUGAUUCGGGAUCUGUUAAAUCAGAUGAAAUUAAGGAGAAAUUGGAUACCAAUUAUACAAAUAAAAUUACAUAUACUGAUAGUGAUGAAGAAAUAAAUAAGAGUAAGGAGGAUUUGUCAGAUGUUAACUAUGAAGAUGUUAAUGAAGAUAGGAGUUUGUCUUCCAAAAUAGUUCUACCUCAAGACUUACAAGAGUUAGUUAAAGAAGCUCUCGCUGAAUUGAAAUCUACUCAA